AUGCUGGUUUCUUCGCGCUUCAACCUCUUGGUUGUUGCGCUGGUCGCGUUCGUGUCAUUCGUUACUGCGCGAACCGUCAUUACAAGCCAAACAUGCGCCACUCGUUAUUGCGGUAGUCCGCCAAAAAAGAUCUACAGAAUCACGAAAACAAUUCGCAAGACCAUUCCGUAUACGAAAGUACGUUGGAAGACGGUCAUCAAGCCGAGAAUCACCCGUACCGUCACAUCGACAAAAACUGUUACGUCUCAAAGAUAUUUCACAAUAUGGAAGACAUUUAGUACCAGUUCCUUGGCAAACACAAUAUGGAUUGGGACGACCACACAUACCCGUACAGUUCAUGAUACGUUGACAAUUACUACUGCGACUGUCACGUUGCCAACCUUUACUUCAACUAUCACCACCCCUUCCAUAACGAUUCCAGCUCCAUCAGGCUUCUUAAGCAUAGAAGAUGAUCCCAUGAAUUUCGGCAUUGGACCCGACGCUGACAAUGAUCCGAAUUCGCCAUGGUGGGCUGGUGAUAAGAGACGCCGUGAGGCCCAACCCGAUCCAGCAGCUGCGCAAAAGAAAUAUGUGACGGCAGUAACCUGCACCAAGAUAUUGAUCACAAAGACUGGCACAAGCGAUCUCUGGAAGACGACUACAAAGGCAGCUUCAACCACCACUAAAACGGUUCUAAAAACUAAGACGACUCUGCCACCCGUCAAAACGACGACUAAGACGACGACGAAGGUUCAAUUGAUAACAACUAGCAAAUAUAAAGUCGCGUUCUUCAGUUCAAUAUUCACAAGGACGUUGACUUCAUACACCGACACUACAGUGUAUUUAUCGACAGUAUCAACAAGUCGUCCGGCCCCAACCUACUACGCUGCAUGUGGCGAGAAAAAUAUAGCCCCGGGUCCUCAUUUGGGGGAUGUUUAUCACAUAGAUGAAGCCAACGCUGUCGCGGGUGAAACCACGAAAGUGAUUUUCAGCAAUGGAACCUCAUAUAAAUGUUGUGAGGCCUGCCAUGCCUACAAUGAAGGAGGUGCUACUUGUGCUGGUAGUGUAUGGUCCCCCUUAACCGAGUUUGGAGAACAGCCAUGCCGGGAGCCUCCCGUGGGGUCCCGCCCGUGUCCCGAGUUUACUACCAGAUGUGAACUUGUGAUCGUCGCGCCAGAUGCACCAGUUCAGUGUCCUAGGCGUCUAUUUAAGUUUGUUUACGCGGCGCUCGCACCACCGAGGAUGAUCAGUAACGGGCCAACGUGUGCUAGGUUCUCAUUUCGCGGGUUUUUAGAUCUAUAG